GGAUUCCCAAAAUAGAAAUAAAAAAAGUCACAACAAUGGUGGGAGGACUCGAAUGAAGCGCCUGGCAUGGGGUGAAUAUAAAAGGACAGAGAUACGCACGCCUUGUUUUGCUUCCUCCUGGAGAAAAUACAACCAACGGAAUUGGACUCUCUCUCUCUCUCUCUCUCUCUGUGCAAAUCCUUCUAUCACCACACGCAUUUCUCUGGGAUACUAAUCAUCUCAUUGCUCCGAGAGAAAGAAGAAAGGGCUAACUGAAUCAGACGAAGGAGGAAAGGAAUGGAGAGCGCGUCGGAAAUGGUGGCAUUUCCGUUGCUUCCGACGCCGAUCGAGGCCAAUUACAGAGCGUGCACCAUUCCCUACAGAUUUCCCUCCGACAACCCUCGCAAGGCCACCCCUUCGGAGCUCCUCUGGAUUGAUCUUUUCCUCUAUUCCAUUCCCUCCUUCAAGAAACGAGCCGAGAGUGAUCCUACAGUUCCUGAUGCUAAUAUUAAAGCUGGAAUUUUUGCACAGAGGUAUGCUGAAAUACUUGAGGACUUUAAGAAAGAUCCUGAAAGUCAUGGUGGACCUCCUGAUGGCAUUCUUCUCUGCAGACUUCGUGAACAAGUCCUUAGAGAAUUGGGAUUCCGCGAUAUAUUCAAGAAAGUUAAGGAUGAAGAGAAUGCAAAGGCUAUUUCCCUGUUUGCGGAUGUUAUUCAUCUUAGUGAUGCCAUCGAAGAUGAAGGGAAGCGUCUGGAGAAUCUGGUGAGAGGAAUAUUUGCAGGCAAUAUAUUUGAUCUCGGGUCUGCACAGCUUGCAGAGGUCUUUUCAAAGGAUGGAAUGUCAUUUUUAGCAAGUCAUCAAAAUCUUGUCCCCCGACCUUGGGUUAUUGAUGACUUGGACAUUUUCAAAUUGAAAUGGAGCAAGAAACCUUGGAAGAAGGCUAUCAUUUUUGUUGAUAAUUCUGGUGCAGAUAUUAUUUUGGGUAUUUUACCAUUUGCAAGAGAAUUACUCCGGCAGGGGACUCAGGUUGUUUUGGCAGCCAAUGACUUGCCUUCUAUCAAUGAUGUCACUUACCCCGAAUUGGUUGAGAUUAUAUCGAAGCUGAAGGAUGAACAUGGGCAGCUCAUGGGUGUUGAUACUUCAAAUCUUUUAAUUGCCAAUUCUGGUAAUGAUUUGCCGGUUAUUGAUCUUACGAGAGUUUCACAAGAGCUUGCCUACCUAGCAAGUGAUGUGGACCUAGUUAUGUUGGAAGGGAUGGGUCGUGGAAUAGAGACAAAUCUUUACGCUCGAUUUAAGUGUGACUCCCUCAAGAUUGGCCUGGUGAAACAUCCAGAGGUCGCCCAGUUUCUCGGAGGACGACUUUAUGAUUGUGUCUUUAAAUACAAUGAAGUUUUGAUUUAAUAGAGUCAUUUUCCCCCAUGCUGCUACCCAAUUGCUCCAGGGUUAUCAUUCCAUACACUAGCGUUUAAUUUGGUGUUACCCCUUGGAUGAAUGAUAACUACUUUUAGGGUUCGUCAUUUUUAUUAAAAUAAGCAUGGGAACUGUUUACAAGUGACACAACUUAUAUUGUCGAAGUGCUUUUCUGUGCAA